AUGGACACCACUUUGACAGCAGCCGUCCUCCUCCUCGGACUUCCGCCGGGAAUCCUUUGCGGUAUCGACCUCCUCUCCUUCACCACCACCGCCCAGUUUCGAGGCUUAAAAGAUUUGCCCCUAGGAUGGCAUUUUGUCUUCACUAGCGAAACAACAUCUCUCUCCGUCCGCGAUGGCUUCUGGUUCCAUGUCCCUACUGCAGUCACAGGUUCCAUCCCUCUGAUCGUCCGCAAAUGGGACACUUCCGGCGGCUCGCUACUUCCCUCAGACCCUGAUAGCUUCCGUGUCCGCCUGCCUCUUCUAUGGGAGAGGAACCUUUCGCCUUAUCGACAGUCCGCUGACAAAGAAACGAAGGCUGAAACGGGGGACUGGGCGAGUUUGACGGAGCAUGUGAGCCCGAGGUUGCUAGGACAUCUUACGCAAAAUGAAGACUGGAAGAUCACGACGGCCAGCUGUGCGAAGGAAGACAGGGAUGAGAUACCUGGCCUCACUGCUGAGGAUUUUGGAGACGAAGAGAGGGAGUUGGGUAUGUUGGGUAUUGAUCUCAAACGGACGUGGAGGAAGGGCGCAAUAGGAAGAGAAAGGACAGAGGCCGCUCUAGAUUCAAGCUGGGCAUUAAAUGAUGUUGUGGAGCGAUGGCAACCCCGGAACCAGAAAGACAAGGGGGAGUGGGGCAGUGUGGUGCUUGGGCAGAUGGAAGCCUGCUUCCUGAUGGUGUUGACGGUAGCAAAUUACUCCUGCCUGGAAGAGUGGAAGCGCUGCGUCGGGCUGGUCUUGACGUGCAAACGGGCCGUAAGGGAAAAGGAGGAGUGGUUUGGAACGUUUUUGGUGCUGUUGAGGAGGCAGAUGGAGAGGUGCGAGGAUGUUGAGGGAGGCUUGUUUGAUUUGAGGGACGAAGGAGGAGCGUAUCUGAAGAGUCUUCUGAAAGGGUUUAAGAUGACGCUGGGAAAGGUGUUUGAAGACGCAGAGGGAGAGCAAGUAAGGAAGGAAAUGGAGGAGCUAGAGACUUUUAUGAAGAGCGAGUAUGGGUGGGAACUAGGGGAUGAGUUUGUUAGGAGAGGCAUGUUGGAAUUGGAGGAUGGGGAGCAGGUCGAGAUGGAGAUGGAGGAGAUGGAUGGAGAGGAUGAGAGGGGCGAAUAUGCUCCCGUUGUAGUUGAUCUAGCCGAUCCCUGA